AUGACACAAGAUAAAGUAAUCAUAGUCACUGGUGGUUCUGGGCUCGUUGGAAAAGCCAUUGAAUGGGUGAUUGAAAAUGACAAAGGAAAGUUCGGUAAGAUGGAAGGCGAAAAGUGGAUUUUCCUUACCAGCAAAGAUGGUGAUUUGAGGUCUGUUGAAGCUACUCGCGCAAUUUUUGACAAAUAUAAUCCAACUCACGUGAUACAUUUAGCCGCCCUUGUUGGAGGACUCUUUAAAAAUAUGAAAUAUAAAUUGGAUUUUUUACGUGAUAAUUUACUGAUCAACGACAACGUUAAGAAAGUUGUAUCAUGCCUAUCUACUUGUAUCUUCCCAGACAAAACAACGUAUCCGAUCGAUGAAACCAUGAUACACAAUGGACCUCCGCACGAUUCCAAUUUUGGCUAUGCAUACGCCAAACGCUUGAUAGAUGCACAAAACAAAGCAUAUUACGAUCAAUUUGGUGAUAAAUUCACCUCGGUUAUUCCAACUAAUGUGUUUGGUCCUCAUGAUAAUUACGACUUGCAAGAUUCGCACGUCAUUCCCGGAUUAAUCCAUAAAUGUUAUCUCGCUAAGAAGAAUAAAACACCAUUCGUAGUUGCUGGUACUGGUAAACCUCGUCGUCAAUUCAUUUACUCACGAGAUCUUGCGAAAUUGUUUAUUUGGGUACUCAGGGAAUAUGAUGAAAUUGAUCCUAUUAUCUUAUCAGUCGGUGAAAAGGAUGAAGUAUCUAUUAAGGAUGUUGCAGAUGCAAUUGUAAAGGCUAUGGAUUUUAAAGAAAGUUACACUUUUGAUACCACUAAAGCUGAUGGCCAAUACAAAAAGACUGCCAGCAAUGAUAAAUUAUUAAAAUAUCUUCCUGAUUUUGAGUUUACACCAUUUGAAACUGCUGUGAAAGAAUCUGUUGAAUGGUUCAUUCAGAAUUAUGAUAGUGCACGCACUGGAAAGAAUUGA